CCGCCUCAGCAGCAUGGCGCAGUCUGGGAGCGCGCGGGGCCCAUAAUUUCGAGGUCACUCGAUCGAAACGAGUUGCUGCUAGUCACCAGUCUCUCUCCAACACUGGCUCGAAUAACCCGAGUGGGGAAGCGUCAAGUUUCGGAUCCUGCCGAAUUGAUACUGACUCAGACAUCUGAGAAACGACCUCAUGGACCUCCAAGAUUGCGCGCUUUUCUGUGCUAGUGGCAAGUUCCGGUGACAGCUGACGAGUUGUUUUCCCAAAAUACCGGAGAUGCUCAAGAGCGUACUAGCUGCUUACGGAAGAUAGAUGUUGAAUUUAUCAUGAAU